AUGGGUCAGGGUGAAAGCAGUUCACCAGGUGAACAUGAUGAUUCAACAGUCUCACUGGCGAUAAAUGGCACGGUACAUACAGUUUCUAAUAAAACAAUAUUAAGAAACUCGUUAAACACAUUUAUUCGUGAAGUAGCUUGUUUAAAAGGAACGAAAGCUAUGUGCCACGAAGGGGGAUGUGGUGCGUGUAUUGUAGCAGUAGAAACGAAUGGUCGCCUAAUAGCUGUGAAUUCUUGUUUGGUUUCAGUAUUUUUAUGCGAUGGAUGGAAAAUCACAACCGUUGAAGGAUUAGGGAGCCGAGUAAAAGGCUACCACACGUUGCAAGCCACCCUAGCUGAAAUGAACGGGUCUCAAUGUGGUUUCUGCUCACCUGGAUGGGUUAUGAACAUGUACAGUCUCACGAAAGGUAAAAAAAUGACGAUGAAAGAAAUUGAAAACUCUUUUGGUGGUAACAUUUGCCGGUGUACUGGAUACAGGCCGAUUCUGGAUGCUUUUAAAAUGUUUGCCAGCGAUGCUACGCCUGAGAUGAAGAAUCAAAUAAAAGAUAUAGAAGAAGCGUAUAGCAUUCAGUCUUGUAGAAAUUGUCCCAAAAAUGCUUGCAGUGGCACAUGUAAGGAAAUGGAAAUAAUUCACGAGUCUAGCAUGCCACGAUCAUUACAAUUAGAUCUAGAAGAUUCCUUAAAGUUUUAUAAGGUAUUAACUGUUGAUGAUAUUUUUGACAUCUUUCGAAAGCAUCCAUCUUCUUCCUACGUAAUCAAUGGUGGCAAUACUGCUCGUGGUGUUUAUCGCCUCGGUAAAGUACAGGUGUACAUCGAUGUGAACGACGUUCUGGAUUUGCAUCGACUGUCCAAGACAAACGAUGCUCUGACUUUGGGUGCUAAUGUUACUCUUUCUAUUGCAAAAGACAGUUUUGAAAAAUACAUGACACAUCCUGGCUUUGAAUAUCUAAAAGAAAUGGCCAAGCAUGUGGAUCUCGUCGCAAGUGUACCUGUUCGAAAUAUCGGUACGAUAGCUGGAAACUUGAUGAUCAAAAAUAAUCACAAUGAGUUUCCAUCAGACAUAUUUUUAAUUCUAGAAACGGCAAGGGCUGAAAUCCACAUUCUUGAUUCACCCGAUUCGAAAAAAAGUAUGAAUCUAAUAGAAUUUUUGUACCUACAAAUGGAGAAAAAAUUAAUUUACAGCAUCGUCUUACCGUCUAUGAGUAAAGACUACGUUUACAAAACGUACAAGAUCAUGCCUAGAGCUCAAAAUGCUCAUGCUAUAGUCAACGCCGGAUUUCUUUUCAAGUUGGAUAAGGAUGGAAAAGUGUUAGAAAGACCGAAUGUAAUCUUCGGAGGGAUUGAUCCUGAUUUUCUUCACGCAUCAAAAACUGAAACAUUUUUCAGUGGAAAGUGUAUUUACGACCAUCAAACACUCAAGCAAGCAUUUAAUGUUCUUAAGUCAGAACUCAAUCCUGAUCACGUUUUGCCGGACUUUACGCCAGAGUAUCGUCAGCUAUUGAGCGUUGGCCUCCUGUAUAAAUUUAUUUUAAGCAUCAGUUCAAGUCGCGUAAGUCCCAAGUUACGUAGUGGAGGCACUUUACUAGAACGCAAGUUGUCUUCGGGAAAGCAAGACUACGAUACAAAUAAGAACAUUUGGCCAAUAAACCAACCUAUGCCAAAGAUCGAGUCGAUUUAUCAAACCUCGGGUGAAGGCGAGUUUAUUAACGAUAUCCAGAUAAAACAUAAUGAAGUAUUUUGCGCUUUGACACUCGCUGAAGCUCCCGGAAAAAUAUACAAAAUUGACUACGAAGCUGCUCUGAAUAUCGAUGGAGUCGUAGCUUUCUAUUCCGCAAAAAACAUUCCAGGGAAAAACUUAUUUAUAAACUCAGGUCUUAGUUUUGAAUCUCUGGAAUACGAUGAAAUUCUGUUUGCAGACAAUGAAGUACAAUACGCAGGUCAACCUUACGGUAUGAUUGUCGCUGAAUCUCAAAACAUUGCUCAAUAUGCUGCUUCCAAGGUAAGCUUAGUUUACAAGGCGACAUCCAAAAGGAAGCCUCUGAUUACCGUGCAGGAUGUCAUAAAUGCUAAUGAUAAGAGUCGAAUCAAAAAGAUAAUAGAAUUACCUGCAAAGGAAGCCCCGGGAAAAGAUGAAAAGUACAAGAUCAAGGGAAGUCACGUGGUAGGAAGCCAAUACCAUUUCAGCAUGGAAGUCCAAACAUGUGUUUGCGUUCCCAUUGAAGAUGGAAUGGAUGUUUUUUCAGCAACGCAAUGGAUGGAUCUUACCCAAGCUUCUGUAGCCUCGUUACUUGACGUUCCUACCAACACCAUCAACAUUAAGGUGAGGCGCCUCGGUGGCGCUUAUGGCGCGAAAAUCAGUCGCGCCACCCAAAUUGCUUGCGCUUGUGCGUUGGCUUGUCAUUUGCUGCGUAGACCAGCUCGCCUAGUCAUGUCGAUCGAGGACAACAUGCGCGCGAUCGGCAAGCGAGUGGCUGCUUAUAUGGAGUACUAUGUGAGCGUCGACGAGCAUGGCAAGAUACAGCGAUUGAAUGGUUCUUACUAUGGGAAUAAGGGUGCUGCUUUCAACGAGUCGCACGCCACGAGUGCGAUCAAUUUUUUCUACAACUGCUAUGACGAAAAAAAGUGGAAUACGAUCGGUUACGAUGUCAAGACCGAUUUACCGUGUAACACGUGGUGUCGAUCGCCAGGUUCUGUAGAGGGAAUUGGAUUGAUAGAGCACAUAAUGGAAAGAAUCGCAAGAGUGACAGGAAAAGAUCCAUUGGAAGUCAGAAUAAACAACAUGAAUCAGACGGACAAAGAAGCUUUGCUGCCAAUGAUUGAAAAUUUGAAAAAAUCAUCCAAUUACGAACAGAGACUCGGAGACGUGAAAAAAUUUAACCAGGAAAAUCGUUGGAAAAAGAGAGGUAUAUCUUUGGUCACGAUGAAGUAUUCACUGUCACUUGUUGGACAAUACUAUUCGAUGGUAUCGAUCUACGCACGAGAUGGUACGGUCUCGGUAUCACACGCCGGAAUAGAAAUGGGGCAAGGACUACACACUAAAAUGGCCCAAAUAGUUGCAUCUGCGUUUAAUAUAGACUUGAAAAUGGUGAGCGUGAAACCGAGCAACACUUUGAUAUCCCCAAACAGUUCCGUCACCGGUGGAAGCGUUGGUAGUGACGUCUGUGGCUUUGCAACGCUGUCGGCAUGUAAGAUUAUUUUAAAAAGACUCAAGCCAAUCAGAGACACUUUUGAAAAAGAGCCCACGUGGCAAGAAUUGAUACUCAAGGCGCACACCGAUGGAAUCGAUCUACAUGCCUCUGACCUGUAUGUAGCACCAUCCAGUGAUAACUCAUACCCAAUAUACGGAGCUACGGUAUCCGAAGUGGAGGUGGACAUGCUGACUGGACAGCACCUCGUCCACCGAGUUGAUAUUCUCGAAGACGUUGGAGUAAGCUUGAGUCCCAAAAUCGACUUGGGCCAGAUCGAAGGAGCCUUCGUUAUGGGCAUAGGCUUGUGGACUUGCGAGGAUUUAAUAUAUGAUCCGAAAACCGGAGGACUGACAAACUACAGAACUUGGAAUUACAAAGUUCCCGGGGCAAAAGACAUUCCAGUAGAUUUCAGGGUCUCCUUCCGUCGCAAUGCUUCCAAUCCACUCGGGAUAUUGCGUUCGAAAGCUACUGGAGAGCCACCUCUUUGUAUGAGCUGUUCCAUUCCCAUCGCAAUACGCCACGCUCUAAACUCGGCAAGAGCAGAUGCGGGAAAUACAGAUCUUUGGUAUCAAAUGGAUGCCGCUGUCACAACCGAAAAAAUUUUACUCAACAGCCUCACAAGUAUAAAUGGAAUGGAAUUAUAAUGUGGACAAAGGACCUUAUAAUAAAUUUAUAUUAUACGUAUACUU